UGAAGUUUGCUGGUCUCUAUGCUUUCUCCACUCAACUGCUCUCGGGCUUUGGUUUCAUGUCAGCUAUCCCUAUCUGCCUUCCAAAAAUAAGCCACUGCCGCCAUGCUGAAGACAGAAAAACAAGAAGGGCGGUAUUUUUAGGGCCAUUAAUUCUGACCACGUGUCCAGAAGGUGAACCGGAUGGUCGUUGCACAAAGGCCACUCAUCACUAUGUCCCACGGAGCCAGAAUUCACUGGACGUUGUCUACUUUUGUUGUCCUUGGUUUUCUGGCUGAGAUCGUUCUGUCUUAUCCUCUUCCGAGCAGAGCUAAUGGAACUCUAUUGGAAAGAAGAUGGGAAUCUAUUUUAACCAGGUCUAUCGGGAUGACUUCGGACAAAUCGGACAUAAAGUGGAGGAGCGACUAUUUGCUUGGAAUCAAAAGACAAAGGAGGCUUUACUGCAAUAUUGGAAUCGGGUUCCACCUCCAAGUCCUGCCAGAUGGAAGCAUUAAUGGAAUACAUAGUGAAACCCAGUACAGUCUAAUAGAAAUUUCAACUGUAGAACGGGGGGUUAUUAGCUUGUUUGGUGUGAAAAGUCGCCUGUUUGUAGCAAUGAACAACAAAGGGAGAAUAUAUGCCUCGCCUACAUUUCAAGAUGAAUGCAAAUUCAAAGAAAUUCUGCUAUCGAAUAAUUAUAACGCCUACGAGUCGCAAAUGUAUCAAGCUGCCUUUUUGGGAUUGAGUAAACAUGGAAGAAUAAAACGCGGAACCAAAAUCUCGCCUGCCAUGACAGUUACGCAUUUCCUUCCGAGGAUGUGAGAACAAAUAAUUACUUACCGCAAAAUGUCUAUGAUAAUUUGCACAUGUGGAUAUAAUCUUCGAGGUAAAAUAUUUAUACGCUACGAGAAUAUAUAUAUAUGUAUAUUUGGAUGGAAAUAUUUAUACCGAAUCCACUUCUUCCCAUCGGUAAUCUGCUCCCUGUGUUACACAGACACAAUUGUGCUAUAUUUAGUACACUUUUGUUAAUUUAUCCCUGAUAGAGGAUGAAUAUUAAGGGCUUUGUUUUCCAAAGGAUUCAGUUUUUUAUGACAUUUAGUCCUAUAAAGUAUAUGUUAGAUCUUUUUCUUUACCUCAGAACAAUAUUUGCAUGGAUAUUACUUGUUUUGUCCACAAAAAAAAAAAAACAUGUUAGAAGGAUACAAUGAUACAAAUAUUUGAAAACGAUAUGACGGUUUAAUAGACUGAGAUUUAGAGAAAUUAAACAUUUAAAGGUGCAGACUGGGAUUUACAUAUCAGCUUGAAAAAGAGGCACCAUAAAACUUCAACUUUUGACCGCCAACUGCGUAAAUGUAGUCUUAAUAAGUGAAAAAAAUAAUUUAAUAUAAACCUGUCAGAGGUACUGGUAUACCACUGGACAAAAAAAAAAACAACACAACAUUGUAAUCCUGCUUUCUAGCCACUUACUGGUAUUGUGCACUCCAUUGGAAUCCUGCUGAUAACUAAAAUAUAGUUCCACUAAUCACCUGGUUACAUUUUUAGUUUAGUAGUCCUAUUCUCCUUUGAUUUUGUAUUUAUUUAACUUAAAACAUGUUCCACUUUGACGUACUGCAUGUAAAGGACUAAGGGUUCUGAUUAAUUUCCCAUAUUGUACCGUUUUUAAUAGUCUUGAUGUUUUUUACAAGGUGGAAUUUAGACAUCAGAAUGCAUUCUGUGUUGUGGUAGGAAGCCGCGUGAUGAAAGCAUCAAGAGUGGAUACCUAUAGUUAGUUUCUCAUGACUUAUGCUCUUCUAAGAUGGUGCUAUUUCAGAAAUUCUCAGUGUUGAUUCCCAAGUACUCCCAACAAUGAAGGUUUCCUUCCUUUUCCACCACAGGAUCAGACCUAGAUCUAAUGGAACCCCUAGGAUGAGUGAGCCUCAGGCCCUCCAGAUCCAUCUAGCAGGGUCCACAGCAGUAAUUGGUCACUCCAUCAGCAGAAACCCUACUGCAUGGGGUAAAAAAAAUCUCAAUUUCCAUAUAAAAUAUGUUGAUUAGCUAAUACAUUACUAUUUUUGAAUAACCUGCUGUUAUGGAAGCGUCACAUCAGAGGAGGACACGCCAAAGACCUGCACUGGUGGGAGUACCAAGGACCAAAGCAGAGGAUCUCUUAGACAUAGCUUUAAGUCUGUGAUAUGUAGAUGUUUCAGUGUAGUCUUUAGUUAAAGUUGAUUCCACCUGAAGAAAAGAAAUCUAAGAUCCCAAAACCAUAUGGAACUUUGACAUUGUUUUCUAUGUUUGCCCAAUGAAAGGCAUCAACUUCAACUAAAGACUCCAUUUCUCUUACCUGGCUCACAAACAGAAUAUUAAUCCUACUGAUCCGCCUGUCUUCUAGCCCAAAGGAGUCAACAUAAUUACUGCAAAAAUAUAUUUUUAGAAAGAGAAGAGAUAUAUAUUUGCUAUUUAUGGGGUUUAUUAUUAAUACUGAGUAAUUCAUUUGAUUUUUGGCACCGUUUGCCAUUUUUUAAGGAAUUUAAAAAUAUAUAUAUCAAAGUUCCGAUUUUGAAAAACCAGGGGUUGCAUCAUUUAUAUUUGGAAAAAGAGGGGUCUUUGAAAAUGUUGGUAUUAAUUGAAAUUUACAUGGAAAGCAGUCUUUCGAGGGUGAAGAGGGUGGCUGGUAAGGGAUAAGAGGACAGAGUCUAUGGUUCCUCCAAUUUUACAGGUGGCGUCCAUUAAUCUAGUGGGUAACACAAAGACGGAAACAUUUGUGAGGUAUCGUCAGUGGGUUUGGUAACUGCGGGUUUGUUGAUUAGUUAGUGGUA